UUUCCUACAGAGGCAGAUGGUGGCGUAGAAGUUCCGUCAUUUCAAGAUGGCGGACCUCCUGGGCUCAAUCUUGAACUCGAUGGAAAAACCUCCAACAGUCGGCGAUCAGGAAAGCCGACGGAAAGCCCGAGAGCAAGCGGCAAGGCUCAAGAAGAUGGAAGAGCUAGAGAAAAGAAAGAAAGCAGAGUUCAGGAAAAAGAUGGAAAAAGAGGUAUCAGAUUUCAUCCAAGAUAGCACGCAACAAAAAAGGAAGUACAGCCCUAUGGGGAAGAUUGAAAGGAGCAUAUUGCAUGAUGUCGCAGAGGUGGCUGGUCUGACUUCCUUUUCUUUCGGCGAGGAUGAGGAGAGUCGAUAUGUGAUGCUUUUCAAGAAGGAGUUUGCUCCAUCAGAUGAGGAACUGGAAGCCUAUCGCAAAGGAGAGGAGUGGGACCCAAAGUUGGCAGAGCAACGGCGUAGGCUUAAAGAGCAAGCUGCAUCAGAAGAAGCAGCAGCCAGUCAGUCCGAGAAAUCAGAAGUAUGUCCCAGCUCCAACUACCGAGAUAAGUACAGUCAUCUCAUCGGCACCUCGGCUGCAAAGGAUGCAGCGCAUACACUGGAGGCUAAUAGAGCCUAUGGCUGUGUGCCUGUGGCUAACAAGCGAGACACCCGCUCCAUAGAGGAAGCCAUGAAUGAAAUCAGAGCCAAGAAACGGCAGAAGCGAGAGGACGACACAGGGGCAGGCGGCAGCAGUUCCUGAGUUCCUCUGUCUCCCCCCCACAGUUGCUGUGCGUGUGCGCGCACAUUUGUAAUCGUGCGUGUGUCUGUGUGCACACAAACAUCAGUUGUACAGUCUUAGUCACAUAGUCACAGUGCUAUAUUGCAGUAUCCUAUAAUAACUCAGUGUUCAAAAGUCAUAAUUUAUAUGAUUGGUGUUAUAUGUUGUGAGCAUACCAUUCAUCGACCCUAGACUGUGAUUGGUUUCCAUUUUCCCUCCAAUUUCUUUCAUUUUUGGAGUUUGAGAAAUGACCUUUGUACGUGACUCUUACUGAAAGGGGUAUUAUGAUCGAGGCAUGGAUAGGGUGAUUCAAGAGGUCUGUUCUAAAAAUCCCCCAAUCAUUUCCCAUCUUCUCCACUACUUCCUCUUUUCCUGCACAACCUGGAAACCAAUAUUCUUGUGGCCAUGCUGCCCACUGUCCUGAUUGUAGAGGAGGUGCAAGAAGCUGGUUUAAAAUUUGUCUUAGCUGUCUCCUUCAGUGCUCUAGUAUAUCCCAUCCAGGAAGUAAAUUAAAUGUUGCGAAACAUGGUUGAACUUGUUCCCAUGAAGCUCUAUUAAAUUCCAUGCUUCACAGAUGUGUGAUAGGAUGGAUAGGUAAUAAGAAGUGAAAAUGCAAGUAUUUAUUGAUCACAUAUGUAAAUCUUUUUAAAAUUCAAUUACUUGAAGUGUGGUCAAUGUCUUUAUGCAUAUAUGUAUAUUUUUAAAAAGCUUUAGAUGGCGUUUUUUUUAAUAAGGUCAUCAUUGAUUAAGUGUUUUUGCGACAUCAAAGUAUAUACAUGCUGACCUUGUCAACUCUUCUACAACUUCUGUCUCUUCACUCCAUCUAAUGCUAGUUGUCCCAGGUAGGAAAAUGAGCUUGGUCAUACUAUCCGUACAGGCCCUGUAGUUUUGAUGGAGUUAAAUGCUCACGUUUGACAAACUCUUGUUGAAAAACUGAUAUUGGGAAUUUUCAGCAUUGUGUGAGGUUAUGUAAAGCUGUGCCCCUUUGGCACAGUUCAGGUUUGAUGUUUUUGGGGUUUUGGUCAGACAAGUUCAGUAUUUUAAAGUUAAACUUUGGUGGCAUCUAGUGGCUAAAAUUGUUUUUUUUUAUUAUUUGGUAAAUAAUAAAGCCUAAUCAAAGAUUUGAGGUAAAUUCGCAAGUGUGCCAUUUUGUCCAUCGUGAUGGGGAAAAUAGCAUUUUAGGAAAGUGAAAUAUUAACAGUUGGUAUGAAUUUUGGAGUAAACGUGAUUUUGGUUUUUUUAUUGGUACAACUGCUCUGACCUAAUGAUUCUACACCAGUACAAAGCCACGCCAGCGGGUUGUCAUGGGCGUCACAGUGAGAUGCAUCUCAUCGUUUGAUAGUGCAUCAUUUUAUUAUUAUUAUUUUGUCUCUAUCUUGUCAAACCGUAACUGUUUUCAGUGUCAUGACGUCUCCCUUUUUUGACAUGGGUGCACUUGUCCCCCGAUCACAAGUGGGGGGGGGGGGAAGUGGGACUGUUACAAACUCAUGACAAGGUCGUCAUUCACUUUUCUGCAAAGGCAAAAGUUUGUAUUCAGGAUGAAUUAAUCCACCUACAAAAAAAAAUCAACUGAACA